AUGGUCCUCAUAAACACAAGCGCGUACGUCCCGAAGGCAACCCAUUGGAACAGUAUUAGCGCGAGCUUUGCGCAUAUCAAUCUCAUCAUCGGUGAGUCCGUCUCGCUGCAGGCUCAGUUUGUUAGAAGCCACACCUUCUGCCCAGAGACGCCAGUUCUGCCAAAGAUUACGUUCUGCGACCUCGACCGCUACGAGAGCGGGCAGAACGAAGUCAUUGUCCUCGACGGUGUCAGCGCUGUCUACACGGUCGACGGCGACGUCGAUUUCACCGUGGAAUUGUUUGAGCACGAAAGUCUUGGAAGUGGCAGCCCGGUAUCGAUGACCACCUGCGCAACGUCAUUAGUUCAGACAUCGAUCAUUGGCAGGACAUCGAAAAAGUACACCCACAGCUUCGGCGGCAAGUUCGGGAUAAAGGUAACCUCGCAGAUGCUCGGCCACGGCUGCGACAACCCAACGGACCCAAGCGCGCUGAGCAACAUCACCUGCGACAACAUCACUGUGGACCAGGCGAAGCGGUGCUUCAUGGUCGAGCUCGCGGGCACGAGCGAGUUCUCCAUCGGGUUCGAGGUGCUGUCGGACCAGCCCCCUGGGCACGUCUUCACCUUCGGACGCAACUUCGCCAUGGCCGGCACGUCGAGGUUCUUCGCCGACGUGGACAGCCAGGCCUGCUGGACGCCCUCCCCGACGCCCUCCCCGACGCCCUCCCCGACGCCCUCCCCGACGCCCUCCCCGACGCCUCCGACGCCCUCUCCGACGCCUGCUCCCACAGCCUUUGCGACCCCCGCGCCCACUGAGAUCCGGUUGAGCGCCACCGGCGAUCCACACCUGGUCAACGUGCACGGGCAGCGCUUCGACGUGAUGCGGCCCGGCACCCACGUCCUCCUCCACAUGCCUCUGGGGACGCACCCGUUGCGCGCGCUCCUCCGCGUCGAGGCCGAGGUCCAGCGCCUCGGGGGCGCCUGCGCGGACAUGUACUUCACGGCCGUCAACAUCACCGGGAGGUGGACGAAGCGGCGGCGGGGCCUCAUGUUCCGGGCUGGCGGCGCCACAGCAGCCCGCCCAGGCGCGGCGUGGAUGUCUUUCGGGAGGGUGUCGUUGAAGGUGGUCCAGGGCCAGACCCGCGCGGGGGUGGCGUAUCUGAACGUGUACGCUCGCAAGCUGCUGCAGGCGGGCUUCCCCGUCGGGGGGCUUCUCGGCCAAGACGACCACACGGAGGCGGCCACCCCGAGCGCGGGUUGCAGGCGGAUUGUCAGCCUGUGA